AUGAAGUUUAAAGAAAGUAAAGAGUUCGUUAAAAAGUUAUAUGAUAUAUUAGAAGAUAAAAAAAACGAAAAAUACAUAAGGUGGAAUGAAUCGGGUUUAUCUUUUUUUAUUAUUGAUCCUAAAGAAUUUGCUGAAAACAUUCUACAAAAUUUUUUUAGACAUAAAAAUAUUAAUUCGUUUAUUAGACAACUUAAUAAGUACGACUUUCACAAAAUAAAAUCCAAACCAGAACUUAUUUUAAGCUUUGGUAAUCAGGUUAUUGAAUUCGAACAUAUGUAUUUUCAAAGGGGAAAAAGAAACCAACUUUAUAAAAUAAAGCGUAAAAGUUCAUCUUUAGAACAGAUUUCUGUUGUUUCUGAUUUGUUACCUAGUGUAAAGUCAAAUCAAAUAUUCCACGAACAUAUAAUAGUAUCUAUUAAAGAUUUAUCAAAUAAAUUUGAUAUAUUGAUUGAUAAUGUAAAUGAUAUUAAAAAAAUGUUAAAUAACAUAUUGAACAAUACAAAUUAUAAUUUUUCAGUAUUGAUUUAUGAUGAAGACACUAGUAUGGCAAUGCAGAUUUAUAAUUUAUUAAAAGACAAAAGACUUAAUGUGACUGUCAUGGAAUCUAAAAGCAAUUUAUACAGUGCUUUAAAAAACAUAGAAUUUAAUUUUAUGAUUUUUGGGGCCAAUUUGUUAUUUUUUAAAGAAGUUAUGAGAUACUUAAGGGGAUUUAAUCACAUGACACCUGUAAUUUAUAUUGGAUUUGAAAAAUACGAUUUUGAUCUGUACUCAAUUGGUGUAACAGAUUUUAUAAAAAAACCCUUUACUUUUUCAGAUUUUUUCAAUGUGAUUAACAAGUAUAUACCUAAAAAAGAAAAUAAUUAG